AUGUGGAGCCCCAAGUUCAUCUCGCCGACGGCGAAAGUGACAAAAACGUUGGCAUGGAUCCGGAUACCGGGUCUGAAUGCAGCAUUCUAUGAUGAAAGUUUUCUGAUGUCAGUGGCUCAGGUUAUCGGCACCCCGAUUCGGGUGGACAUUAACACACUCCGAGGGAACAGAGGGAAGUUUGCCCGAAUUUGUGUGGAAUUGGAUCUUUCAAACCCUGUGCUGGGGAAGAUCAUGAUUGAGGAUGAUUGGUAUAAGAUUGAGUAUGAAGGAUUGCACGUCAUUUGCACCAAAUGUGGCUGUUAUGGACACAGGUCACGGGAGUGUACCAGAGACUCGCCGCCAAAUAAAACCAAUACAGCACCAGAAAAGCCUUUGGGGAAUACGUCAGUGAUGAUGGAGGGUCAAACGGUGGUGUCAACGCCUUCGGCGACGGUGGAGAGGCCAGAUGAAACAAUUAAUGCAGGCCCGGAGAGUAAUGGCAACAAUCUGAGCCAGCAUUCGAAGGCAGCGGAAUUCAAGGGGAAUUUUGAAUCGAAUGGGAUGGUGGUUGACAAUAACGUCGCUGAUUCCGCCAAUGAGAUUGGAGUCAAUCAUGGGGCCAUUAUUAUCGGUAUUGAGGAAGCAAUCAUUGACAAAACCCCACCACCUGAGGAGGAAACUUUUGGAUCCUGGAUGACUGUGACAAAAAAAAAGAGAAAUAAACCAACGGGGGGCCCACUGAAGGUUAAGGCUGAGCUGAGGGAAGCCAAAGCUAAUAACAACAAGUCAAACAGGAUUUAUAACGAGACACCAAAAGCAAGGGAGAAAAAAGGGGAGAAGAAAGAGGAGAAAACAGAAUUUUCCAUCCAAGGAGGCAAUAAAUUUAAUAUGGGGAAAUCUACAGGCCCCACGAGGACACAUGGAGGGCUAAAAGCCAAGAAGGGACAAAGAGGGGAGGUGGCUACAAUUUUGUCACUGAAUCAACACGCGUCCCCCACGAAAACCCUAGGGCAAGGAGACAAUCCAAUGGCGGCAAACCUGGCUUCUGGAUCAACGGCACACCUGAUUCAGGACUCCGAGGAGUAUCUCAAAUAUUUCAAAAAGUUUGAUGAUGCAAUAAAGCAAGCUUCUAUGUGCACAAGCAUGCACGUGGAUCAAAAAUCCAAUGAUGAGCAGUAA